UGGCAAUUUAGUCUCGCUUGUGACAUGAAAGGGCGCUAUCCUUUACACGCAUCGCGGUGCUUUGAGAAAUGCAUCACCAUGAACAGCCGCAAGGGAACGCGUGCAACGGGAGCACACGCGAAAGCGGAGUGGUGUGGCGCGGCUGCUCCGGCGGCUGCGACGCCGAGGAUGGAGCGGCGGGCGCGCUCACCGACGGGAACCUCAACCCAGGAGACAAGUUGGAGGGGUCGGGCGCAGCUCCGGACGACCCUGUUCACCUCAAGAGACGGGUGGGACUCUUCAGUGGGGUGGCUCUAAUCGUCGGCACCAUGAUAGGCUCGGGAAUUUUCGUCGCGCCCUCUGGGCUCCUAGAGUACACGGACUCAGUGGGCAUUAGCUUUAUCAUAUGGAUGGCGUGCGGCCUGCUCUCGCUACUUGGUGCGCUCGCGUACGCGGAGUUGGGCACAAUGAACACGUCGUCGGGCGCAGAAUACGCCUACUUCAUGGACGCCUUCGGGGGACCGCCCGCGUUCCUCUUCUCAUGGGUAUCAACUCUGGUGCUGAAGCCGUCACAGAUGGCUAUAAUCUGCCUGAGCUUCGCCAAGUACGCCGUGGAGCCGUUCGUAGCGGAAUGCGAGCCGCCGAACGCCCUCGUCAAACUGGUCGCAGUUAUUUGCAUUGUAAUGAUACUAGCAGUGAACUGCUACAGCGUGAACCUGGCCACCAAUGUGCAGAACAUCUUCACCGCGGCCAAGCUAGUGGCCGUCCUCAUCAUCGUAUGCGGCGGCGCUUACAAACUCGGAUUAGGUAAUACGCGACAUUUACAGGAGCCCAACUUCGCCAGUAGCAAGGCGACUCUGGGCAACAUCGCCAUCGCUUUCUACAAUGGCCUCUGGGCCUAUGAUGGAUGGAACAACCUCAACUAUGUCACAGAGGAAAUUAAAAACCCAUCCAAGAACCUCCCCCUGAGCAUAAUAAUCGGCAUCCCGCUGGUGACGCUGUGCUACGCGCUGAUGAACGUGUCGUACCUGGCCGUGAUGUCGGUGAGCGAGAUGACGAGCAGCGAGGCGGUAGCGGUGACGUUCGGCAACCGCGUGCUCGGCCCGCUCGCCUGGCUCAUGCCCCUCGCCGUCACUAUCUCCACCUUCGGCUCCGCCAACGGAACGCUCUUUGUAGCUGGAAGGCUGUGCUUCGCUGCGUCGCGCGAGGGCCACCUGCUGGACAUUCUGUCCUACGUGCACGUGCGCCGCUUCACCCCCGCCCCCGGACUUAUAUUCCACUCGCUGAUAGCGGUGGCGAUGGUGCUGUACGGGACGAUCGACUCGCUGAUCGAGUUCUUCUCGUUCACGGCGUGGAUCUUCUACGGCGGCGCCAUGCUCGCCCUCAUCGUGAUGCGCUACACCAAGCCGCACGCGCCUAGACCUUACAAGGUGCCAGUGAUAAUCCCGUACAUCGUGCUGCUGGUGUCGGCGUACCUGGUGGUGGGGCCGGUGAUCAACAAGCCGCAGUGGGAGUACCUGUACGCCACCGCCUUCAUCCUCACCGGCCUGCUCGUGUACGUGCCCUUCGUCAAGUGGUCCUACUCCCUCCCCUUCAUGGAUAAAAUAACGGUUUUCCUGCAAAUGGUGCUGGAAGUGGUGCCAACAUCAACAACAUUUGAAUACUGAGAGUCUCAGCUCGACUUUAAAUAGCAUUUUUUUUCGUAAUAAACCGCUGUUAUUAUUUAUCUGCAUAGUAAAGGUUUGCUGUUUUAUCUAUGAAAUGCAGGUUUUGCGAAUUGUUAUUUUUGAUUAAUUAUUAUAUGAGAUAAAUAUUAAAGUUAGGCAUUUAAAAAAUGAGUUUCAAAUGUUUUGUUAAACCUUGUCUUUGAUUAGUUAGUGAACGGAACUAAUCAAUUUAAAAUUAUAUGAAUUGCCAAAAUUUAUUAGACGAUGUCUCAAGCGCGUUAUUACAAAAUUGACUGAAAUAUAUGAAAUAUGUUCCUUAGAAAAAAAUAUUCCAAAAUUGUUUACAUUAAAAUGUUAUUUUAAAAUCGGGAUAUCUCAAAUUGAUACAAUUUAUUUAUUAAUAAUUAUUAUUUAUACUUCGAGUCAACCAAACAUAUACUCCCGGAACGCAAAGUAAUAUUUUCAAGAUUUCAAAGUUAUGUACUGUUUUAUUAAUUUUAUAAUUAUUGUAUGGAAAGUAGAAGACAAUGUUUAGAUCGAAUCUUAACUAGCAAUAUGUAAUAUCGAAUUUUAUUUUUAAAAGUUUUGUAUCUUUUUAUGUUCUCAAAUUAGGAUUUAAUAAAGCCGACUGGCGAUGUUUUACUUAGAUGAGUAGUGUUUCAUGGAACCAUUUCAUUAGUUUGCACGAAUCAUUCCUGUGUGGUCGAGCUGUUUCGAGAUUUAAGGUGUUCUUACUUCAAGUUUUUGUAGUAUACGGCAAUAAUCUCGAAUGAGCUUGAACCAUUUAGCGUCACUAUGAGUGAUUGUGCUAAACUCAUAGUUAUUUAGUUCAUCGAUUCAUUAGACAACCUUAGUUUUUAAUUUUUAACCGCGUGUCAUUAUUUGAUUCAGUUUGUUUUAAUCGAAGAUAAAAAACUUGUAAAGGAUACGUAACAGAUUUUUGUUGUCUUUAAAUAAAAAAUAUUAUCUUCUUUGUCUUAAAAUACUAGGCAUUUUUUGAAUUCACCUUUAAUAAUUUAAAUUGUGGUUCUAGUUAACCAUUUUUACCUAUUUUUACCUAAUUCAAUCUUUUUUUUUUACUAAUAAAAGAACAAUCAAAGAUCUGUUGUGAUAUCCUAUUUCAAAGACUAAAGCGUGUUUUUUUUUAAUAAUUUAUAUUAAAACUUGUUAGCGGCCGAACUCUGCGAUCGGUAAAUAUUGGUCCUAUCAUUCCUUACCGGGGCAGAACUAGGCUGCGAAAUUGUUUUUAUCAAAGAUAUUUUCAUAAGUGACAUUUUAUAAAAUUGUAAAUGAAGCCCUAUAUGCAAUGAGUAAGAAUUUAUCUAUUUCGGUCCCGAGCAUAAUAAAAUCUACAUUUUAAGCCAGCGAGUUUAUUAAAGUGAAAGUUAAUUUGGGCACACAAGUACACACCCGACUAUGUGAUAUUUGUUUAAAUAAACGAAGGGUUUUAUUUUGUCUACAGACCAAUUACUUAUAAUACAAACAUCUAAUUUCAAAUGCAUACUAUCCUAUAUCUACUUAUGGCUCUACUCUGGGAGAAAACAAAAUUAUUUAUUGUUAUACACUACAUUGAUUAUUUGAAAUUUUAAAUAAAGACAACUGAAAGUU